CUUCUCUCUGCAAAGAAACCAAAAAGAAGACUGAAUCAAUCCAAGAAGUUGAUAAAAUUCUCAGCUUCCUAGUUCUAAGAAAAUCCCCACGCACACAUCUCAGAUUUGUUCACUCGGAGGACAAGAUUGCGGGGAAGAAGAGCAAGGAGGAGGAGAAGAAGGGGGCUUCGGAAUGGUCGGUAAUAUUUUAUAGACAAGAUAGACAUGGAUGAUUUUAUUUCUCAGGCAAGUCACGUAGGAAUUCCGGGACUUGAAGAUGAGUGGCAAAGCGACAGUCCUCCAAUUCCAGAGGAGGUACAGAUUGAUGACUCUCCAAUUUACAGAAUAGAAAGACAACUGGGUAGGGGAGGUAAUGGCCUUGUAUGUGCCGGUCGACCUAUAGGUCCUUCAACUCCUAGUGGUCAAACUGGUCCACGUCCACCGGAGGUAGCGGUAAAGUUUCAGCGGAAGCAUCCCAGUGGAAGCGAAGCCGGCAUUCCUCAUGAGUGGGAAGUUUAUGAUGAAUUGGGCGAAAAUCACGGCAUUCCACUGCCGCGGGUGCAUUAUAGAGGGCAACAAGGUGACUAUAACAUCCUGGUCAUGGAUUUGCUUGGACCCAGUUUACAUGCUCGGUUGAUCGAUAACUGUCCAUCCAUGCCAUUGGCGGCAGUUGCUUGUGUUGCUGUUGAGGCGAUCUCUAUUUUCGAGAAGCUGCACUCUAGAGGGUACAUUCAUGGGGACGUAAAACCUGAAAACUUUUUGCUCGGUCCUCCAGGAACUCCCGAUGAGAGAAAAUUGUUCCUGAUCGACCUUGGAUUAGCUGUGAGAUGGAGACAUCAUUCGAGCAGUUCGCAUGUUAGGUACCAUCAAUCUCCGAACCAAUUCAGAGGAACGCUUCAUUUCGCGAGCGUGCAUGCUCAUCUCGGUAGAACGAGUAGCCGAAGAGAUGACCUGGAGUCACUGGCAUACAUGCUUGCUCUCCUUAUCCGCGGUCAUUUGCCUUGGCUUGGAUUUGAGGCAGAGGAUAGGGUAUGCAAGAAAAAGAUGGCCACUCCUUUGGAAGCUCUAUGUCACUCUUGCCCUCCGCCUUUCCUGCAAUUCGCUGAGUUUGCGGUAAACUUGAGAUUCGACGAAGAUCCAAACUACGCAAGAUACAUCUCCCUUUUCCGUGGGAUCAUUGGUGAAAACCCAUAUGUUUGGCCUGUGAAUGCUCAUGCUGCUCAGGAGUCAAAUGAAGGCGACGUGCUACCAGAGAGCCCCCUAUCGCGAAGGGGACUGAGGAGAUCACGAUGGAUAAGCAUUUUCCACUCACAUCCACCCAUUAGGCAAAGGAUUUGCUACAAUGUGGACGAUGUGGACCUACCUCUAUGCAUCGAGGAGGCACGUGCGGAUGGAAUGUAUGUUAGCAGUGUGGCUUCCCACUUGGAUUUGUGGGCCGUGGUAAUGGAUUCCGGCACUGGCUUCACUGAUCAAGUUCAUACUAUUGCGCCCGACUUUCUUCCCCAGGGCUGGAUUAGGAGACAGUGGAGGAGGAACUACCACAUCACUGCAAUUGCCGGAGCAGAUAAUGGUAGCCUACUAGUUAUAAUGUCCAAGGGGCCUCGCAAGUGUUGGCAAUGUUACCGUGUCACCGGCACAUUCCCUUACAGUUGGAUUAAGAGGAAAUGGGCGCUUGGUACUUAUGUGACCGCCAUGGCCACUGUGGGACAAAGCUGGGUAGUCGUCAUGUCCUCUGCAGCCGGAUUCGUCCGCCAGGUUGUAGAGCUGGAUUUUCAGUACCCGUUUGAGGGAAUUUACGAAAGGUGGAAUCAAGGCUACUUCAUCACUUCGGUUGCAGCAACUCCGGCUCAGGUAGCUUUUGUCUUCAGCAUUCCAGAAGAAGAAGAAGUGCCGGUAAGAGGAUCUCAAGAGGCAGUCCAGACUUCACAUUUUCCCGAAAGAGUAGUGACGGAGAGUUGGACUAGGAAUUACUACAUGUCCCUUCUUUGCUACGGCAGAACUGUUUCGUGAACCACCAAGUAUGGCGCGUGCAUUUACUUGC